AUGGAUGAAGAAAGUCGCCCGCCCUCCCAAGAGACCAUCGGGCCCAACGCAUCCUUGGACUUUGAGCCAAUUACUCCGUCCCCAAUCGUCAGGCCGUCCCAAGUGUUCAACCAACUCACAUUUCCGAAGAAGCUUGCCCGACCUACACUACUGGUCGUCCGCCAGAGGUGUCCCGUCACGCGCGCCGAUGAGCACGAGGACGAUGAGCGACAGCCUCUGCUCCCCCAUCGAAAUGAUGAGCAGAGAGACUUACGCUCUCAAAGUUGCCAUGACUCCGCGAUAGAAGUCUAUGGGUUUGAAGCAAAGAAUGUCGGAGGCUUGGAUCGUCUUCUGACGGUGAUCCGACGUGUGGCUGCCUCCAUGGCUCUAGCCGCUUAUCAUACUAUCUCCUUUACGACCAAGCUUUUCUACUGUGCCGCCCGCACGAACCUCUCUUGCACCAGUUGCUUUCUCAUUUUCGUUCCACUGGGUUUACUCAGCAGCUGGAUGGGAUGGGGGCCAGUGGUCGUCAUGCUGCUCAAUGCACUAGCCGUUAGUUCCGCUGCGUUUAUGACUUCCGCUCUCUUCGAGGACAUGGGCAGCAUCAUGCCAGGCCCAAGCAUCCACGCAUUCAUCGCGGAUAUGUUGUUCUCGAAUGUUGCCUGGCUUUGUGUUGGUAUCUUCGCCCUCAGCAAUGAACAAUACCCAAUAAUUGCUUUUAUCAUCCCAGGAAGUAUCCUGACCCGUAGCCUCCUUGGCCUCGGCCUAGGCCUCAUUUCCGGCGGCUUAUCUUCACGCAUCCAUCAUGACGACGCUCCAACCAUGGCACUGUAUUCUUCACUCAAGAUGGCGGGUCUGGUGCCCUUCUUUAUCUGCAGCCUUCUCACCCUUGCGUUCCGCAACGAUAACGACAACGACAAUGACGAUCACAUCCCUCAAUCCCCAGAUAGCAGAGACCACAUGCUCUUCUUCUCCCGCGGCAGCGCUAUCGUCUCGCUCAUCGGCUACCUCCUCGCCCACCUCUUCCUCAACAUCACACACGCGGCUCCUGUCCCCCCGACACCACCCACCGUCCCGAGAUCCGCAGCCGAACGCACAGCACAUCCUCGCUCCCCCAUCCAUCAUCCCACACCGACCCUCGCCUUCCUCGCCUCCCUGCUCUUCACCAUCCUCGCCUCCAACAACCUCGUCCACGCCCUCGCCACGCUCUCCGCCGACUCCCACAACCGCCUCGCCCUCGCCCCCCUCCCCUCCCCUUGUCCCAACCCCCUCGCGAUGACGACGCCCUUCUUCCACUCGGUCCUCCUCCCCCUCCUCCUCAACCACGCCGAACUCGUCGCCGCCAUCAAAGUCCCCCACCGCCACCUCCACGAGGAUGACGACGACGACCACCACCGCCGCCGCAACCGCAACCCCCACCACGUCCUCGCGGUGCUGACGGAAGCGCCGACGGCGCACGCCGCGCUCGCCCUCGUCCCUUCGCUCGUGCUGCUCGCCUGGAUCUUUGGCGGCCGCGACGUAGGUCUAGAGAUUGGCCGAUUCGGAGGCGGAGGCGGAGGCGGGGGCGGGGGCGGUACCGGCAAAGGCGAGUACGGCCAUCAUGGCCCCUCGUCGUCGUUGUCGUCGUCGUCGUCGUCGGCCACGCUUUCAAAACUGCUGAUGCUGCUGCUGUGCGGACUGGGGGCUUGGGUGGGCAGCAUAGUCGUGGCCGGGCGCCGGGGAGGGCGGUUGAUGGUGCUGAAGGGCUCGGUGCUGGUUUCCUUAUAUAUCAUCAUGGCCACCGCGGUCUUUCUCCUUCCCUGA